AUUUCACCUCUUGAUAUACACAAUCUAUAAACUUCUAUUUAAGCUACCAUUUAACUCUUGUUAUAACCAAGUUUUUAAAUAACAGUUGCAUUCAGUUUCGGUCGUUACAGAUAUCGCUAUACUGGUUGCUUUCGUCUCAGUGUGAAAUUUCUUUGAUAUUGUUUUGUCGCAGUCAUUUUUGAGAAUUCAGCAUGGGAUGCCUAGUGUCGACUCCGAAGGAUACGGGAGGAAAUAGAAGGAGACCGGGGAGUAUUGGAGAAGUUUCGGUUUAUGUUCCUGGUUUAAGGAUUCCGAAACCUGUUGAUUUUGCUCAGUCGCUCGGUGAUUAUUUGUCGAAGAAUAUAAUCGAGCGAUUGUCUGCUCUUAGAACGCGGAUAGUUGUAAUGGCUAGCCAGGAAGGUCCUACGAUUACAAGAACGAAAAGAAAAAGUGUUACUCAACAUGGUGGUUCGACGCUGGCUGAUCUUCUUCAGGCUCUUGAAGAUUACUUGCCAGUUCUCUUAGGAUUAGUUAAAGACGGAAGCCAUUUACAAUACAAAGUACAAUUUGUUUGGAUGAAUCAAGAGGACGAAAAAGAGGAAACAUGCAUGUCGAAUGCUUGGUACGAGGUGUUGUCGGUUUUGCAUUUGAUGGCAAUGCUAUUGCUCUCAAAGGCUAAUUUGUUGCUGCUUCCAAGAUCAUCUAGUGAUGGUCAUCAGCAAAAAGUAUCAGAUGAAAACCGACGAACUUCUAUUGAUAUCUUCUUGAAGGCUUCUGGAUAUCUGGAUUGUGCGGUCAAACACGUUCUUCCACAGCUACCUGCAGAACUCAGGAGAAACUUACCGGUUGACUUAGCAGAAGGAGUUCUUCGAGCACUGUCUUUACAGGCAUUAGGACAGGGUGUAGAUAUACAACUUGGAAUGGCAAUUGAUAGUGCUAAAGCAACUCUUGCAGUGAAGCGUAGACUUGCGUGCGAGAUGCUGAAAUGUUGGCAACAGGCACAGGAUAACAUUAUGAACCUUCCGCUGGCAAAUGGUUGGGGCGAAAAACAUCACCUUCUUGUGAAAUGGAAAUAUGUUGAAGCUAAGGCUGCAGCAUAUUAUUACCACGGUUUGAUUCUUGAUGAGGGGAAUACGGAGAAAUCUCACGGGAUGGCUGUAGCCGCUUUGCAAGCCGCGGAUGAAUACUUCAAAGAAAGCAAGAAGUUAUGCGAAGCAUUCAAUGCGGCUCCUCCAUUGUCAAGAAAUCCACCACUUUGGGGGACCAUGAAAUAUCUCUCUGAAAAAAUUCCUAAGGAUACUUCAAGCAAGGUGCGAAUAAACCGCGAUCUAUACACUCACGAAAGGAUUAUGGAAACAGCUCCAACAUUGCCUGAAUUUUCAUUGGCAUUGAAACCAGAUGAAUAUCAACCUCCACCAGUGGACUCUUCUUGGAGAACAGAGAACAUAAAAGUGACUCAAACUCAUUCUAAUCAUGUCAAUGGUGACAAAUGAUAAUAGGAGGAAUGUUUCUUCCAUUCUAGUUAAUAGGAAAAAUAAAUUAGUUUGUUUUUUUCUUUAUUCCAUUUUCUUCUUUUGUUGUACUUUAAUAUACUGAUUCUUUUCUCUUAAUACACAUAAUUGAAAGAUAAUUUGCAAUUAGAGAUUUUAUUGGUUAAACUUAAG